AAUGUAUUGAAAUAACUUGGAAGGCAGUCCCCGGCGAAUCCCCGCCUUGCACUUUCCUGUUCCUGUUCCCGAACAACAGAGAGGAUUUAGAAGAAGCACAAGAGCAAAUAUGCCGUCGACCAUUUAUCUCGUCCGCCACGCCGAAUCGGUACACAAUGUUACCAAAGACUUCAACAUUCGCGACCCCGAACUUACCGACCUUGGAUUGACACAAGCAUCAGCCCUCGCCACCUCAUUUCCUGCCCUUUCAUCCGCUGCUGUCGUUCUCGCCUCGCCAAUGACGCGCGCCAUCCAGACCACCCUGGCCGCUUUCGGCGCCAUUAUCGAGGACGGCGUUGAACUUGUUCUCGAUCCGGAUCUGCAGGAGCGCAGCGACCUUCCUUGUGAUACCGGCUCCGACCUAGCGACUCUCGGGGAGAGGUUCGGGCAUUUGGGUGUCGGGUUUCAACGCUCUCUUGAGGAUCACUGGUAUGUCAAGGAGGGCCCGUACGCGGCUGAUGACGAAGCCGUCGCUGCACGCGCCAAAACCGUGAGGCGGAAACUGCAGGAAUUGGCCAAUCGACUGGCGGAGGAUGGCGUGCCUGAGACGAAGAGGGACAUCGUCGUGGUCACGCAUGGCGUGUUUAUGAAGUUUCUGGCAGAGGACAGCACCAUUGAUCUUCCCAAGGCAGGGUGGAAGGCUUAUACGGUUGAAGCUGAGGGUGCUGAACCAGCACUUAUUCCGGUUGAAUGAGAAUGGGUACCUAGCUAUCUCGCCUUCUCUGUCUGCUUGAAGAAAGCCACUCCUUCAUCGCCCUCUCUACUCUCCUCCCAUCAUUCCCAAUGCCCCUCUUUCAUCUCCUCGGAUCAAGCCCAGGACGUUUUCGAGUCGCUCGUUAUGGCGAGCGGUAGACUUGGCUGUUAGCUGCUGCCAAACCGCCCCAAACUGCAACACACACCAAACAUGUCAAGUCGAAAUGAG